AUGGACCGUUCCAGAGCCUCCUCGUCGGUUUUUUCGUUUCGUUAUUUUCUCAUUUCAUUGCCUGGGGAGACCGAAGCGGUGCUUCUCCUCGACCAUGAGUCCUCUCCGUUCUCAUCGGUGCCACUGAAAUCCACAUAGCACCGCCGUCCUGAUCUCCGUCGAUCCCUCCCCCGCCUCCGACUAGGUUGCGUUCCGAAGCGCGCCAAAUCGAUCCGUUUUCGCUCGUUCUGGUUCGUGCGUCUCCGGAUCUGAAUCUGGCUUUGGAUCUGGUAGCUCCGGGAGAGUAGCGGCGAACGGCAGCCAUGGCGCACAGAGUAGAUCACGAGUACGAUUAUCUCUUCAAGAUCGUGUUGAUCGGAGACUCAGGCGUCGGGAAAUCGAACAUUCUCUCGAGGUUUACCAGAAACGAGUUCUGCUUGGAAUCCAAGUCCACCAUCGGAGUUGAAUUCGCCACGAGAACGCUUCAGGUAGAUGGAAAGACAGUGAAGGCACAGAUAUGGGAUACAGCUGGUCAGGAACGGUACCGAGCUAUCACCAGUGCUUACUAUAGAGGAGCUGUUGGUGCAUUGCUAGUCUAUGACAUAACAAAAAAGCAAACAUUUGACAAUGUCCAGAGAUGGCUUCGUGAAUUGAGAGACCAUGCAGACUCAAACAUUGUCAUCAUGAUGGCGGGAAACAAGUCAGACCUGAAUCAUCUCAGAGCUGUCCUGGAGGAGGAUGGUCAGGCGUUGGCUGAAAGAGAGGGACUUUCAUUUCUCGAGACAUCGGCAUUGGAAGCACUGAACAUCGAGAAGGCAUUCCAAACAAUAUUGACGGAGAUUUAUCAUAUCAUAAGCAAGAAGGCAUUGGCAGCUCAGGAAGCAGCUGGGACAACUGCAGCUCCUGGUCAAGGAACCACAAUCAAUGUCUCCGAUUCUUCAGCGAUGAACAAGAAAAGCUGCUGUUCUGCUUAAGAUGACAUUUGAAAAGAAGAUUUGCUUGUAACCCGAGUCCUUUAAUAUAUUUUUUUUUUGUUUUAAAAUAUUUUUGAGUGAAGUAGAUUUGUAGAAUACUUCAUGGAGUCGUGAUGAGAAGAAAGCUUAUGAAAGUAAAAGAGGGAAUUAUUGGUAGUGUAGGAAGAAAGAUCAGCUCUUUUUUAUGCUUCACCAUUAGUUGUUGCCGUAGAAAGGAACUGACUGAUACAGUGUGUGGGUGUGGGCGUGGGGGUGGGGGUGGGAUUGAGCCAUCUCAUUUGGGUGAGAAAGAUAUUGCGGGGAAGAGAGGCAGGUUUUUUUUUAGUGUAGUUUUCCUUAUGGCUGGCUUUGUUGAGUACUUCUAACUUUGGUAAUAAAAGCUCUUCGUAUUGUGAUA